AUGAAAGGAAUGCAAAAGGAGGUAGUUUGUCCCAUCUGCCUGGAUUUCUUCACCGAUCCGGUUACACUGGAGUGCGGGCACAACUUCUGCCGCCCCUGUAUCACACAGAGUUGGGACAGGGAGGGGAGAAACUCCUGCCCGGAAUGUAGAGAGGAGUUUACAGACCGCACCCUCAAAGUAAAUCGGGCCUUGGUUAGACUGUCUGAGAAAGCUCGAACACUGAGCCUGAAUCAGACAGAGAAGGAAAGUAAACUUCAGUGCGAGGAACAUCAGGAACAACUGAAGCUGUUUUGUGAAACCGACAAGAAGCUGAUCUGUGUGAUUUGUGCAGCUGGGCGGGAACACAAGUCUCACAGCUUCAUGCCGGUUAAAGAAGCUGUUGAAACCUACAAGGAUCAAAUGAAAUCUUCAAUCCAGUCUCUCACAAAAAAGGAAUCAGAGAUCCAGCAAAUGGAGCAGCAACAGAAACAGAAGAUUUCUGGAGUUCUGGAACAGUCACACAACCUUCAGUCCAAGAUUACAUCCCAGUUUGCUGAACAGCACAAGAUUCUCAUUGAGAAAGAGCAGCGCGCACUG